GGAGUGUGGGGUUUCCCCGGCUCUUGGACUGCAAACCCCGGUGUCCUUACUGUGGUCACCUGUGGGUUAGUAGCAGAAGCGACGAGUUGGCGGGCCCAGGGCCCCUUCUGGAGCUGGUAACCAGUUCUCUGUGCUCUUUCCGUCUCCGCGCUGACGGGCCCUGCGCUGUUGGGUGGUGUGGCGCAGCCUCGCGCUAGGGCGCGGACGCAGGUGUGGACUUAAGAGCCUAGGCUUCCGGGAGGGGGCUGGGCGCGCAGCCGACCCAGCACAGUCUGUGAGGAAGAAAUGUCUUCUGUAAAAAGAAGUCUGAAUCAAGAAAUAAUAUCCCAGUUUCACUAUUCAGCUGCAGAAGGAGAUAUUGCCAAGUUAACAGCAAUACUCAGUCAUUCUCCAUCUCUUCUCAAUGAAACUUCUGAAAAUGGCUGGACUGCUUUAAUGUAUGCUGCAAGGAAUGGGCACCCAGAUGUUGUCCAAUUUCUACUUGAGAAAGGGUGCGACAGAUCCAUUGUCAACAAAUCAAGGCAGACUGCACUGGAUAUAGCUAAAUUUUGGGGUUAUAAGCAUAUAGCUAACUUAUUAGCUAAUGCUAAAGGUGGGAAGAAGCCUUGGUUCCUAACCAAUGAAGUGGAAGAAUGUGAAAAUUAUUUUAGCAAGACACUACUGGACCGGAAAAGUGAAAAAAGAAAUAAUUCUGACUGGCUGUUAGCAAAAGAAAGCCAUCCAGCCACAGUUUAUAUCCUUUUCUCAGAUUUAAAUCCCUUGGUUACUCUAGGUGGCAAUAAAGAAAGUUUUCAACAGCCAGAAGUCAGGCUUUGUCAGCUAAACUACACAGAUAUAAAGGAUUAUUUGGCUCAGCCUGAGAAGAUCACCUUGAUUUUCCUUGGAGUAGAACUUGAAAUGAAAAAAGAGUUUUUUAAUUAUGCUGGGGAAGUCUCAAAAGAAGAAGAAGAUGGGUUGGUUGCAUGGUUUGCUUUAGGUAUAGAUACUGUUGCUGCUGAAGAAUUUAAGCAAAGGCAUGAAAAUUGUUAUUUUCUUCAUCCACCAAUGCCAGCUCUUCUGCAAUUGAAAGAAAAAGAAGCUGGGGUUGUAGCUCAAGCAAGAUCUGUUCUCGCCUGGCACAGUCGGUAUAAGUUCUGCCCAACCUGUGGAAAUGCAACUAAAAUUGAAGAAGGCGGCUACAAAAGAGUAUGCUUAAAAGAAGACUGUCCUAGUCUCCAUGGUGUUCACAAUACAUCAUACCCAAGAGUUGAUCCGGUGGUAAUCAUGCAAGUUAUUCAUCCCGAUGGGACCAAAUGUCUUUUAGGCAGGCAGAAGAGAUUUCCUCCAGGCAUGUUUACUUGCCUCGCUGGAUUUAUUGAACCUGGGGAGACAAUAGAAGAUGCUGUUCGGAGAGAAGUAGAAGAGGAAAGUGGAGUCAAAGUUGGCCAUGUUCAGUAUGUCUCUUGUCAACCGUGGCCAAUGCCCUCCUCCUUAAUGAUUGGUUGCUUAGCUGUGGCAGUGUCUACAGAAAUUAAAGUUGACAAGAAUGAAAUAGAGGAUGCCCGCUGGUUCACUAGAGAACAGGUUGUGGAUGUUCUGACCAAAGGCAAGCAGCAGGCAUUCUUUGUUCCACCGAGCCGAGCUAUUGCACAUCAGUUAAUCAAACACUGGAUUGGAAUGAACCCCAAUCUCUAAAUCAAAUAACUAAACUUUGACUAUGUCUAAUUGAUUUCUAAUCCUACUUAUUCCUCAAGUGAGAUUAGAAAUGUUUAAUGCUCUUUAGAAUGUCAGCUUUUGUUAAAUCUGAGUCAGCAUUCUCUGAACUUUUUUGAGGGGGUUGUCCUCAACAGUUUUAUCUCACAAAACUGUAUCUCUAAUAAGAGAAAUCAUGUUGUAAAGAAGUAGAUUCUAAAAUGUAAAUAAACCUAAAUUUCAUUGCCUCUUAUAAACAUUCACCAUUCACUAAAGUUCUUUUAUGAAAAAUGAGACAAAAUAUUUGUAAUGAAUUUUAAGCUUAAUUUUUUAAUAUUUUCAUUAUUAUGAAGGUCCUUUUGGUUGUCAUUGGUUGAUUUUUGCUCAAUUUACCAUUGUGAUCCACUUUUUUCUCCUGGUUCUAUUAUUCUGUCAGUGACACUGUUAUAGUGUUGCUGCUAAUCUAUUUUGAUCAGUGGUAAGAAUUUCCUAUUUUAACAACUCUUAUUAGUGAUCAGUAUACCACACCUUCAGGGAAGGAGAAUUUAAGUGAGAGAAUACCAUUGUGUCUGGGAUCCCCUUCUUAAACAUAAAGUUAAUUAGUAUAUCUAUCUGUUAACUAUACUCAAAGUUGUUUUUAAGACAAAUUAGAAGUCUCUUUUUUCCCUAAAAUUAAACAUAUUUGAAAGGAAUUCUUUCCAAAGUCAGAUAUUAAAUAAAAUCUCAGAUAGAUUUACUUAUUAAAUAAAAUGGCUUAUGUCAUUUUGUGAUAAGGGAAUGUAUCUUCACUAGGAGAAAAUUAUGUAAUAAUUACUAAUAAUAUUUAUUAAACUCAAAUACAGCAUCUUGAUUUUAGCCUUAUUUCAAUAUUCUAAGAAGCAUUUAUACAAUAACUAUAUUUUAGAACUGAAUCAGUACAAUUUUAGAGAAAGUAAAUUGUAGUAGUUCACAAUUUUGUAACAUAGAACUGUUAUAUUUCACAAGGUUAUUUUGAAAUUGUUUCAAAGGGUCUUUUAUAAAUGUAUAAAUUUAUAUAAUUUGGCUCUUUACUAUUGUAGAACUGGAAGAGAACUUAAAAAUAAUAUAUGUAUGUAGUUCACUGCCCUUUUUUUAUAGAUAAGGAAAUCCUAAAAGGUGAACUUAAUUAAUUUAUCCAUUAAAAGUGAAUUGAUUAAUUAAUUGAUGACAGUUACACAAUUACUGGUUAUAAUUGUUAAUACAAUUAUUGUUAAUACAAUUAAUUAUAAUUAUAAUUAAGUAACUUAAUUAUUGAUACAACAGUCUGUACUGUACAGUGCAGUAUUCUCGCUCUAAUAGGAAGUAAAAACUAUUACUGAAAAUAAAUAUGUAAUAAAAUAGAGAAUGAUAAGACUAAAUUUAUUUACCAAAUACUGUUAAUUAAAAUUUUGGGCACUAAAGUUCAUUUAAAUAAGUUAACUUUUCUAAACAAAACUUCAUUUUACUAAUGAACAAUGAUUUUCUUAGUAAUUGAUGAAGAUAUUGAUAUUAGGACUUUAGACAAAAUUCAAACUUAUAUAAGACAUUUAGAUACAUAAUAAGAUUUGAACUACAUAAGUAUAUAGAAAAUGGUGUGCCUUGAUUAUUAUAAAAUAUAAUGACUCCAAGUUCCAUUUUAUCCCAAAUGUACUUUUAAUACUUAUAGAUUCUAAGAUUACAUCAUAAAAUUCUAGAUCUUCAUAAUGUUAGGGUAGCCAAGUAAAAUAUAAAAUAUCAAUAAAAUUUAUGUUUAGUUUUUGAUAUUUAAUCCUAUACUCAGGGAGAAUCAAUAUCUAAGUAAAUUAUUGUUUUAAUAAUUAUUCUUAAAUUGCUAAUCUCUGAGAGGUAGAUAGUUACACAUAAAUAAAAGGACUAGCAAAGAAAUAUUAGAGACUCAAGUACCGUGAUUGUGUCCUAAUGAAAAGGAAGGUAACAAUACAUUAAAAUAUUUGUUUAUUUUC